UGACGGUUUCAAGGGUGCCAAUGCGAGGAACAGACGCAGCCCGCGGCGACCUCGCGCGGGUCGUCAAGCCAACGCAAGCACUUCGACUCAUUCUCGAUGCAGUGUCUAUACUUCUCCAAUCGGAUGCGCCUGGAGGCAGCGCGCUCACGUCCUCUCAAGUGAUCGACCUCCUCCUCCAUGCUGGCGAUGAGACUCUGUCAUCUUUGCAUUCGUACGACACUUCAAAGAUUUCUGCCAACGUCCACGACAAAUUAUGUGCUUUGUUGCACCACGAGCAGUUCGAUGCAGCGUCAGCCUCGUUGGAAGCUGGUCCCGUGGUCGACGACAUCUGCGCUUCCCUAGCAGCGAUUGAAGAGCGCUUAAUCCACGAGCACAUGGAACAGAAGCGCACGCUCCCGACAACGUCAUUCUGCAUUUGUGUCGACGGCAGUCGAAUCGCCCGCCUGGCAUGCGAGGUGGGCGUGUCGCUGCGCCGUCAAGGUGUGGUGCAUGUAUGCUGCAUCGACGAAUUCUCCACGGAAUCGCGCUACGCACCAGAGUUCAUUACGUCAGACUUCACCGCGCUGUGCCAGCAGCAAGGCGUUCCCGGGACCAAACUUGUCGUCCGGGCGCAAUCACAACGCCUGACGCAAUCCACCAUCACGUCGCAGCUCCUGGAGCUUCGAGAGUCGUGCCAAGCUGACUUUUUGGUCGUGGGGGCAGUCGGGACCAAGGGUCCACAGCCAGCUCAACUCGGAAGCAACACGAUGCGCGCCAUCCGAGGCAGCCCCGUUCCCGUCAUCGUCGUCCCCCCCGUUCCCUCGUCGUAUCCAACAUCAUCGCACGCUCCUCGAGUCUUUGUCGUCGCCAUGGACAACGCGCCCAUCUCGUCCACGUGCUUUGCGACGACCCUCAAGCUCCUAAAGCCACACGACCGCCUCCAUAUCGUACAUGUCGAGAUUCCGCCGCACCCUCUCGCGGUCGAGUCGUCCGACCAAUUCGCUGCGACUUUGGCACCGCUGUACACGGCCAAGCUCGCAGCGGCCGAGGUGGUCGGCGUGGUGGACGUCGUCUCGCACUCCCCCGGCGCCACGGUCGCCGAGCAAGUUCAAGAGUACUUGGCACACGCGCGCGCUCAGUUUGUCGUGUUUGGCUUGACAGGAGAGACUCGACUCGCCCGAAGAGCGUCGGCCACCUAUCUCCCUACCAACGGGAGUGAGCCAGUGGCUCCCGCGGCGACCAGCUCGACGGGCGUUCCAGUUGGUCGCGUCGCAUCCAGCCUCCUCCUGUCGCCGCGUUGCGUGCUAGUCGUUUGUAAAGAAUAGUAGGAAAGCGAGUCAUUUGUAAUCGGCCUUGCCCAGGUGCCUCCUUGCGAUA